UCGUUGUCAUGCGAGGGCGUCCAAUGGCGGACGAGAUUAGCAAGUGCGUCAUGCUCGCACUUUAUUGACAAUUGUCUCUCUCGGUAUUUAAACCAUGUAGAAACACACAAAAACUGAAAGGAUGAUAAAUAGAAGCUACUGAAAUUAUGUUUAACGAGAAGAUAGUGUUUACUUUGAAAGAAAAUGGAUGAUUAUCUUUAUUAAAACAUCCGAAGCGUGCGUAUUUUUUUUUUUUAACUGUAAAGACGAUUGAAAAAAUUAUGUGACUGGAUUUAUUAAUUCAAGAAAGUGUCAUUAUCUUAUGAGUCGAGAAAAUGGCUGCAUCAAAGUCAUUUUUGGAUAGUUUGAAGAAACCAGAGCCGACGAGUUUUAAAAUGACUGAUUUCCGUCGGGAACUUCAUUUGAGACAUAAACGGGACGAACAUGCGAAGAAGGAGCGCAUGAAGGCUCUACAAGAGUCUAAGUUAAUAUCUAAAUAUGCCAUCACAAUUGACACCUCAAGGGCUAGGUCUAACUGUGAUGUGCUGAGAAUGUGCGUCAAAGAAUUGGGAUUUAAAGAGUACCCGUUUGGCCGUAAAGAUAAUUGCUGUGAUGUUCAUUGGCAUGCUUGUCACUUUGAAGACAACCCCGAGGUGUAUGGAGGGAAAGUCAAUAAAUUUCCAGGAAUGGGAGAGAUAUGCAGUAAGAUGACUCUAUUUAGGUGUCUAGACAUCAUGAGAGAUCUAUUUCCAACAGACUAUGACUUUUAUCCUAGAACUUGGUAUCUUCCUGCUCAGUUUCAUGAAUUUUCAUGUGAAAUAAGGAAAAUGCAUGAGAGACGAGUGAAACCCAAACCUACCUUCAUUGUAAAACCUGACACUGGGGCCCAAGGGGAUGGAAUCUAUCUCCUGAGGGAGCCCAAUGAAUACUCAUCCUUCAAUGGCAAGUGCCAUGUUGCACAAGAAUACAUGUCCAAUGUAUAUUUGAUUGACAAGUUCAAAUUUGAUUUCAGAGUAUAUGUUUUAUUAAAAAGUUUAGAACCAUUAGAGUUUUACAUUUGCCAAGAAGGACUUGCCAGAUUUUCAACUCUUCCAUAUGAAAACCCAACUAACAAAAACAUACACGAGUCAUUUAUGCAUUUGACUAACUACUCUCUUAAUAAGAGGAGCUCAACCUUUAAUCGCUCGGAUCGUGAUGAUGAGGGAAGUAAGAGAACAUUGACAAGUGUUUUACGUAGAAUCGCCAUGAAUGGACAUGAUAGUAACAAAGUGUGGAAGUCUAUAGAACGGAUUGUAUGCAAAACCAUUGUGGCCAUUGUUCCCGAAAUGAAAGUGGAGUAUCAGGCAGCUGUACCCCCCGGAAAGACGGGUCCUUCAUGUUUUCAGGUGCUAGGUUUUGAUAUUCUCCUCCUCCACAACUUGAAGCCUAUCCUUCUGGAGAUCAACGCUAGUCCCAGCCUCAGUCUGGACAGUGAACAGGAAGUGUCACCCGGAGUGUUCGAAUACGUCAUCAGUCCGAAGGAUGAAGAAGUCAAGUACCCCCUCAUCAGGGAUACGCUGCUACAUGUGGUGCCUAUAGAUAAGCUCAAAUAUUUCCGUAAAAGAAAGAAGCGAAGACUUCUUAAGAAACUUAAGGCCAGUUCUUCCCAAAAGAUGAAACGCCCAGAGCCUCUGGUUAAGCAGAGGACAUCGAUAGUCAUUAUUAAGGCAGAUGAGUCUGACGAAGAAAAGAGGGAGGUCAAUGUCACUCAACAGAUGUCAGAAAUGCACAUGGACAUCGACAGUUCUGCCAGUCAUGGUGAGAGUACAGCUCGAGAUGCAAAUUCUGAUGAUGAGCGUGAGUCUAAUUUGAAGUCUGACACAGAACUUGAUGAGGAGGUGGACAACUACUUUGAGACCAAGCUGAGGGAGAGCUGUCUAAAGCAGCUGUACCCGGCCAUCUACGACGAGGAGUGUGAGCGAUACAGGAUCCUGGAGAGGGUGGCCGGCCUCUUUAUCUACUUUCUGGGGAUAAGGGGAUCCCUCAGAAUUGGCCCCACUGGAUUUAGAACCUUUGCAAGAAAAUGUAGGUUGAACAGGAAGGGCAUGACCAAUGCCUCAGUGGACAUCAUGUACAUAGACCUACAGAGGAGGUGGGACCACAUGAACCCUGAGAGAACCUCUGGUUCCGGUAUUAAAAGUAUUGGAAAGAAAGGCAACGGUGGGUCCAUAGUCAGUAACACUGGACUUUGCUAUCAAGGGUUUCUUGAUGCAUGUAUAGAGAUCGCCAGACGAAAAUUCUAUGCUCCAUCCAAAAUAGAAAUGUUAGAAAACCUUGUCGACCACUGUGAACUGAGUCUAAAUCUGAAAGACAAUGAUUUAGCCAACAAUCUGCCUCGGCUUCAUUUCCGGCGCCUAGGACUGCAAUACCGCCAGGGGUCAUUGUACGCCAUGCCACGGCGGAUAAUGGAACAGAUGACGGAGGAGACGACUAUAGAGGACCUGCUGAAGGCCCACGAGAAGAAGUUACGCCAGCCCUCCAAAGAGGACAUUGAGUCAUUCCUCAGACGAAGCAGGAGGACCAUAUACCAGCCCUCCUCCACCGCCGCGGUACUCAGCGCACACAGGUCGCCGGACUCCGAGUGAACAGUUCUUGUGUCAAGAAACGGAAACGCUCAUUGUUUUUGUAUACUUUGGCAUUAUAUGUUUUUUGUUAUCUAUAUAUUAUGUACUCAGUAUGUACUCGUGUGUACAAGGAAAACUGAUAUUUGUACGGAAAAGAAAACGGCACAGGAUUCGAAGUAAAAAAAAUCAUAAGGUUUGUGUGUAUAUUUAGACAAUAUUAUUAUCUUGUCUAAAUAUAACAUAGAAUUACGUGUGGAAAUUAUGCUCAACAUUAACUUUUAGUUAUUUUCCUCCAAAGGAGAAAUUCACUUUCAAAUUUUAGAUGCUUGCUCUUUGUUUUGUAUGAAAUACAAUGUGUCUUCUGUGGAAAUACGUUAUAUGUAUUUCAGUCACGAUGAUAAUUUUAAAUGAAAAUAAAUUUUACAUUACUUAUUUUAAUUGAUCAUAUAAAGAAAAAAAAUAACUCAAUUAAAUAUAUUAAAUGUGUUAAAAUAUGAAUAAAGAAACCAACCAACAUUUUAUAAUUUUUAUAAAAUGUGUAUUUGAUUUUUUUUUAAAGCAUUUUUUUUUAUUUAUCAGAUAUACACCUAUCAUGGAAAUAAAAAUCACUAUAUCCUAACAUACACAAUAUAAAUUUAUUUGCUUAAAAAGUGAAAUCGAUGUAUUUUAUGGAACUUCCAAAGAAUAACAUAUGCAUAAGUGUCACGUUGUUCAAUUUGAAACAGUUAAAAUGAAUACACCAAAUGGUUCUCUAGUUUACUUUUAACAAGUAUGAAAAUAAAAUUUCCCAAAAUAUCACUAGCAUUCGAGGUCCAUAAAAGAUAUGUUGUUAUGAUUGACAUUCGUCAUGGUAUUUGAUCCAAAUACUAUUGCACCAGCUGUUUGUGUUAAUCAUGACCCGAUGUCCGAUUAUGUGUUGAUUUUUUUUUAAAAGAAAUGUUUGUUUAGUCUUUUUAAGCAUUUUAUAAAAGUAUUGGAUGUACAUUUUGUUGAUACUGAAUAGACAUAAUCAGAAGAUAUGAUUCAUGAAGUGAUUCAGUGCAAUAUAUCUUUAUAUGCAUCAAUAAGAUAAUCAAAGAAAUUAAUUAAUCAAGAUUCUGACCUUGACAGUGCUGCUGUACGCUACGGUGCCAUAAUGGGGGAGAGUUACAUGUAUAUCAUGACCAUGACAAGCGUGAAGUAUUACUGGGAGGCAUAAUGGAAACGUACUCUAUACACACGGUUUACGUAAUAACCCACUAGUAUUGUAUCAUGUUGACGUAUUGGUUACAGCCUGGUACGAUAUUCUCUAAGAUUUAAGUUAUAAUGAAUGUAUUGUUUUUUGUAUUCAUUUUGUAAUAAUUAACUCUGACUCUUUGAAGAUAUUGGGCAAAUUAUGUAUCAAAAAUAAAACUUUCCAUUUAAAACAA